CAACUACUCUCAAAUCUCACUAAUCUUUUGGUUUCUACUUCUUUUUGCUUUUUGGUUUUUUGUCUUUGCUAUUCAUGGGUGAUUCUUCUUCUUCCUCUUACAUUCAUAUGGUGCAACAUUUGAUCGAGAAAUGUUUGAUAUACAACAUGACAAAAGAGGAGUGCAUGGAGGCUUUGUCUAAACAUGCUAAUAUCAAGCCUGUUAUCACCUCUACUGUGUGGAAGGAGCUAGAGAAGGAAAAUAAAGAAUUUUUCGAGGCGUAUUCAACAUCCAAAAAUGAAGAAGGGAGUAUAAUGUCUGAGGCAGAGACAAGUGAAAUGAUCCAAAAGCUCAUUUCUGAUUCACCAUUCAAGGAUUCCAAAGACUAAAACCAACAUUGAAUCAGAUUGCCUCCAUUCUGAAAUAUUAAAUAUUUGUAACUGAUAUGGUGAUAUUUUAUGUGGGAAAACGUCAUUCUCAAUUGCAAGUACAAUGAAACAGAAGAAUUAUAUAUAUAUA